GUCAUCAAACAAGAGGACAACAUUUCUGACUUAUCUAGUGAAAUUAUUAUCCCUGAGGACAAACCACACAUAUUUACUGAGCUUUCAAAACAUAUUGAAGAUAGGAAAAGUCUACAGUCUAGCCAAAUGAUUCAUACAAAAGAGAAACCUUUUAAAUCUACAGAACACCACAAAAUUCACACAGGUGAGAAGCCACACACAUGUACUGAGUGCAGCAAAUGUUUUACACAAAUUAGUAAUCUGAAAACUCAUAAAAAGAUUCACACAGGAGAAAAGCCUUUCACAUGUACAGAGUGUGGAAAAAGUUUUACACUAAUGGGUAAUCUGAAAACUCAUGAAAGGAGUCACACAGGAGAAAAGCCUUUCACAUGUACAGAGUGUGGAAAAAGUUUUACACAAAAGAGUGGUCUGAAAACUCAUGAAAGAAGUCACACAGGGGUAAAGCCUUUCACAUGUACAGAGUGUGGAAAAAGUUUUACACAAAAGAGUGAUCUGAAAACUCAUGAAUGGAUUCACACAGGGGUAAAGCCUUUCACAUGUACAGAGUGUGGAAAAAGUUUUACACAAAAGAGUGGUCUGAAAACUCAUGAAAGAAGUCACACAGGGGUAAAGCCUUUCACAUGUACAGAGUGUGGAAAAAGUUUUACACUAAUGGGUUAUCUGAAAAAGCAUGAAAGGAGUCACACAGGGGAAAAGCCUUUCACGUGUACAGAGUGUGGAAAAAGUUUUACACAAAAGAGUGAUCUGAAAACUCAUGAAAGGAUUCACACAGGGGUAAAGCCUUUCACAUGUACAGAGUGUGGAACAAGUUUUUCACGAAUGGAUAGUCUGAAAAAUCAUGAAAAGACUCACACAGGAGAAAAGCCUUUCACAUGUACAGAGUGUGGAAUAAGUUUUAUAAAAAAGAGUACACUGAAAACUCAUGAAAGAAAACACCACAAAAUUCACACAGGUGAGAAGCCACGCACAUGUACUGAGUGCAGCAAAUGUUUUACACAAAUGAAUCAUCUGAAAACUCAUAAAAAGAUUCACACAAGAGAAAAGCCUUUCACGUGUACAGAGUGUGGAAAAAGUUUUUCACGAAUAGAAAAUCUGAAAACUCAUGAAAGGAGUCACACAGGGGAAAAGCCUUUCACGUGUACAGAGUGUGGAAAAAGUUUUACACAAAAGAGUGAUCUGAAAACUCAUGAAAGGAUUCACACAGGGGUAAAGCCUUUCACAUGUACAGAGUGUGGAAAAAGUUUUACAAAAAAGAGUAAUCUGAAAACUCAUGAAAGGAUUCACACAGGAGAAAAACCUUUCAUAUGUACAGAGUGUGGAAAAGGAUUUACAGAAAAUAUUAAUCUGAAAACUCAUGAAAUGAUUCACACAGGAGUAAAGCCUUUCAAAUGUACAGAGUGUGGAAAAAGUUUUACACAAAAGAGUAAACUGAAAAUACAUGAAAGACUUCACACAGGAGAAAAGCUAAAUCAAAGAAUAACAUAA